AAGUCCUUCUCUAUGAAUACAGGGCAGUUUAUAUUUGCCAAGUGGCUAUUCAGGUUAACAAAAUCUACAGAGAAACCUAAUUGACCUAUAGACUAAUAGGUUACCUAAUCAGGUAAUAGGUUACCUAAUAGGCUGAUGUAUGAUGGUGAUGCAGUUAUCAUAACAUCUAUGUAAGUAGAGAGGCAACAGUUGCUUCUUUAGAAGGCUAGUGCAGAGUACAGGUGACAGUAGACUCUUCUGUCAUUGGAGGCAGCUUGAGAACACUAUCCUGGCUUGCUUUAUUCAUUUAAGAAAGCGAUCAUUCUACCUCACCUUUCAAACAAACCAUAUUGUUAGUUUUCUUUUUUCUGUUUUUAAAGUGGCCAUAAAACACCAGCCAGUCGUCUUCCCCCACAACUAUGAUCAUUUGUGUUUUCUACGUGUAGAUACAGGUUUUCACAAACCAUAUUUGGUGUAUAACAUUGUGGGCCCUGCCUUCCACUUAGCAUUGUUUCCUGGCCCUUUCUCUGUGUUGAUAGUCUUCACAAGGAAUUAAGUGCUCUAACUUAAUUGACUUGAUUGGAUGUUAGAUUGCAUCUCACGUUUUUGCUGUUUCAAGUAAUAACCCUACAGUAGCCCUGUGUUGUAGACUAGGCUCAGGUGUUUGAAUCUAGGUUACUAUUAGAUAGAUGUAACUGGGCGUUGGGUUCUUACAUGAUAGACAGAGGACAUUUGUCUCUCUCUGUGUAACCACAGAGAGAAGGCCCCAUUUACCCUUCGGUUGGAGUCAGGACCCUGCGAGCGGCCCUGGAGACACGAAGCCGUGUGACUGGGAUCUCCAGGCAGGCGAGCUGAGGCCUGGCUGAUUCUGGAGUCACUUAGGGGUUGUCAGGUGUUCCUUUGUUGGCGGGUUGGGUUUCUCUUCCUUGGGACUUCAGUUCAGUCGCUCAGUCGUGUCCAACUCUGCAACCCCAUGGACUAUAGCACACCAGGCUUCCGUGUCCAUCACCAACUCCCGGAGCUUGCUCAAACUCAUGUCCUCUGUCCUCCCCUUCUGCUCCUGCCCUCAAUCUUUCCCAGCAUCAGGGUCUUUUUAGCUCUUUUUGUGUUGCGGAGUAGACACCCCUUAGGGCCAGGCGUCACUUCUUUCCUGAUCGCAGGGCGGUCAUGUCUUCAACCGUUCAGCUCCUAAAGUCUCUUAGCAAAGGAAAUGGCAACCCACUCCAGUGUUCUUGCCUUGAGAGUCCCAGGGACGGGGAAGCCUGGUAGGCCGCCGUCUAUGGGGUCACACAGUGUCGGACACAACUGAAGUGACUUAGCAGUCACAUAUUAAUUGCAGCCCUGCCUCCCGGACUCGAUCCUCCUCUGGACAGAAGGUCUCUCCCUCUCAUUUCGUCACUAACAGACCCAGGCGUCCAGCUUGGCAGAAGCCCAGGGGAAGGGAAGACCGAGGGUGGAGUACCACAGAGGGUGGGUUUAAAGGGGAAAGAAAAGCAGAGCACCCAGCUCUGGGCCCAGAGCCACGUGUUCUUUGCACCUGCUCAGAGAGGGAAGUCAGCAGUCACUGUUUCAAGGUCAGGAAGCGGCCCCGGGUUGACGGUGGCCCAGUUGGUGUCAGGAUGGUGUCCUUUCCUGUCCCCGCCUCAGCUGCUGGAGGUCUGACCUGCGGACGGGGAAGCGGCGAGGAAAAGGGUAUCAGCAUGGAUGGUGUGAGUGAGAAUAAGAUGGUGCCCUCUGAUUUUAGCACAGGACCCAUGGAGAAAGCUGCCAAACCUUUGCCAUUUAAGGAUCCCAACUUUGUGAUUUUUGUUUCUUCUAAUCCACGCUUGCGCCUCGAGCAUUCUGGCCAUGGUGGUGCAGUGGCUGGCAAGAAGAACAGAACCUGGAAGAACCUGAAACAGAUCCUGGCUUCUGAAAGGGCGUUGCCAUGGCAACUGAAUGAUCCCAACUACUUCAGUAUUGAUGCUCCUCCAUCCUUUAAACCAGCUAAGAAGUAUUCUGAUGUUUCAGGUCUUCUUGCCAACUACACGGACCCGCAGAGCAAGCUGCGCUUCAGCACCAUCGAAGAGUUCUCCUACAUUCGACGGCUGCCGUCCGACGUGGUCACGGGCUACCUGGCCCUGAGGAAAGCCACGAGCAUCGUUCCCUGAGCCUGGAGAAACGGAGAUGAGGUGGAAAACCAUUUCCCAAGGCAGACUCUGGGCUCAAGAUUUUGUUUUAUGGAAACAAACUCCUGCUGUCAAUCUGGAAAUGUCAGUGCUGUGCCUUGGAAAGAAUGUUUGGCUUUCAUUGAAGGAGGGUUUUUUUUUUUUUUUUUUUCUGUUUUCCCUCCAAGUGUGAUAUUUCCUGUUGAAUUAAAUUAUACUUCAGUUGUUGCCUCAAAUAAAGUUGUUUGACAAGAAAGUA